GAAAGCUUGCAGCAGAUUGUAGAAGGAUUUGACUCCGCAGCCAGAGAGAAGGGGAUUAGGGCCAGAGCGGUGCAAGUUAAAUUGUGCUGCAUAUAAAAAAUGGGCGGAUUGGUCUCCAGAUCCAGAGGCUGGUACCACCUUCCUUUCUAAAAUAAAAUCUCUCUGGCAUGAAGUCACCGCCUAUUUCACAUCCGGUUUGCCCUGGGACGUAUUACUACUGUCUUGGUAAAGAGAAAUCUUUUGUUGUAUAGCUGCAGAUCGGAUACUGGGAAGCAAAUUUGGGUGUGAAAUCUUCAGCAAAGGAGCACGCAGAGUCCAUGAUGGCUCAGACCGAGUGAGUGAGAGGCAGAGCAAGGACGCCCCUCUGCUCCCGGCGCGCCCGGACUCGCGGACUCGCGCUGGCUCCAGGCUCUCCGCGAUUUUCUCUCGCACACUUUUCCCGGGUCUUGAGCGAUCCUGUGCCCAGAGGGGGCCCGAGCUGCACAAGCCCGCGAUGAAGAAAAGUCCGGGUCUCUCUGACUAUCUUUGGGCCUGGACCCUCCUUCUGAGCACAUUGACUGGAAGAAGCUAUGGACAACCCUCAUUACAAGAUGAACUUAAAGACAACACCACUGUCUUCACCAGGAUUUUGGACCGACUCCUAGAUGGUUAUGACAAUCGUCUGAGACCAGGAUUGGGAGAGCGUGUAACUGAAGUGAAGACCGACAUCUUCGUCACCAGUUUUGGACCUGUUUCAGACCAUGAUAUGGAAUAUACAAUAGAUGUAUUUUUCCGUCAAAGCUGGAAGGAUGAAAGAUUAAAAUUUAAAGGACCCAUGACAGUUCUCCGGUUGAAUAACCUAAUGGCAAGUAAGAUCUGGACUCCAGAUACCUUUUUUCACAAUGGAAAGAAGUCAGUGGCACACAACAUGACCAUGCCAAACAAACUCCUGAGGAUCACAGAGGAUGGCACCUUGUUGUACACCAUGAGGCUGACGGUGAGAGCUGAGUGUCCAAUGCAUUUGGAGGACUUCCCUAUGGAUGCACAUGCCUGUCCACUAAAAUUUGGAAGCUAUGCCUACACCAGAGCAGAAGUUGUUUAUGAGUGGACAAGAGAGCCAGCACGCUCAGUGGUUGUAGCGGAAGAUGGAUCACGCCUAAACCAGUAUGAUCUUCUUGGGCAAACAGUAGAUUCUGGAAUUGUUCAAUCUAGUACAGGAGAAUAUGUUGUUAUGACCACUCAUUUCCACCUGAAGAGAAAGAUUGGCUAUUUUGUUAUUCAAACAUACCUGCCAUGCAUAAUGACAGUCAUUCUCUCCCAAGUCUCGUUCUGGCUCAACAGAGAGUCUGUACCAGCGAGGACUGUCUUUGGAGUAACAACUGUGCUCACUAUGACAACUUUGAGCAUCAGUGCCAGAAAUUCUCUUCCUAAGGUGGCUUACGCCACUGCUAUGGAUUGGUUCAUUGCAGUGUGCUACGCCUUUGUGUUCUCAGCUCUGAUCGAGUUUGCCACGGUCAAUUAUUUCACCAAGAGAGGUUAUGCAUGGGAUGGCAAAAGUGUGGUUCCAGAAAAGCCAAAGAAAGUGAAGGAUCCUCUCAUUAAGAAAAACAAUACUUAUGCACCAACAGCAACCAGCUACACCCCCAAUUUGGCCAGGGGUGACCCCGGCUUAGCCACGAUUGCUAAAAGUGCAACCAUAGAACCAAAAGAAGUCAAGCCGGAAACAAAACCACCAGAACCCAAGAAAACCUUUAACAGUGUCAGCAAAAUUGACCGACUGUCAAGAAUAGCUUUCCCGCUGCUAUUUGGAAUCUUUAACUUGGUCUAUUGGGCUACAUAUUUAAACAGAGAGCCUCAGCUAAAAGCCCCCACCCCACAUCAAUAGGUCCUUUCAUUCACAUUCUGUUGUUCAGUCCUCCGCACUGGGAAUUGCUUUCUGUUCUCAACGCAGUGAUUUCUACCUGCUUUAUUGCCUCUGUCUUAAAGAAUUUGAAGGUUUCCUUAUUCCAUAAUUCAUACAAGAACAACAGACCCCUGUCCAGCAGUCCAGAGCAAAGCAGAGCAUACAGCUGAGAGACAGGAUUCUGAGAGAGGAAGCAAGAGAGAAAAGUCACGACAGAAGGAGACAGAAUGAAAGAGAGGAAAGGUUGGGGGAGUAGGUCCAGGCUAUGAAGAAAAGUAGAAGGAAAAUAAAACUUUUAACUCUAUAACUCCCAGGUCAUUUGUAGAUAUAUAUUUCCAAAUAUUCUAAAAAAAAGAUACUGUAUAUGUCAAAAAUAUUUUUAUGUGGAGGUGUUUCAAGGAAUAAAUUAUAAAUGUUUAUUGAAAGAAAUUUUAAAAAUCUAUGUCUUUAUUGCGCAGACUGCAGUGUACUUUACAUUUUGUUUUGUUUUUUAAACUGAUGUAUAGCUUUAACGCUUUGUUUCCAAAGCUUAAGAUCCCCAUUUUUUUCUCCGUUUAAAAAUGGCUAAUGCAUUAUUCUGUUUUUAAAGGAUAUUUUAAAAUUCAUGGAAAUUGCAUAGGCAAACGUGCAGUUCCUUACCGUUAAGCACAUUUAAUCCAAAAGAGAGAAAUGCUUUAAAUAGGUUACUUCACCAUCAUCUGAGCUUUUAUCACUAGAUUCAAUGAGGAAUCAUUUUAACAGAGACAUACACUCAAUAAAAACUAAAUACUAAAAAAAAAAAACAAUUAAAAAAUAUUCCCUUUGCCACCCUGUCUAUAUCCAGAUAGCACAUGGGUCCAAUAAUCACUUGAUUCUCAUUAUGAAAAGAUGUUUUUAGAGGGGCAAACAUAUUUUGCAAGCUCUAGAAUUGUUGAAUGUAUUAUUUUAUAUAACAGUACAUUAAAAGCUUUAGAUUGAAAUUUAUGACUAGUAAGCAAAUAUAGAAUAUAGAAAUUAUGUAUGUAAAUAUACGGCAUGAGAUUGUACAUUUUUUACUUUUUUAAAGUUGUGUUCUUAAAAUAUUGUGUAGGACUCACCGCUCUUAGCUGUUAGAAUGUUGUAAAGUGCUAUGGAAAUACCUUAGAGCCUGCAUUAAAAACAGAACAGCCUGUGGGAAUCAGAUGGAAUUUAAAAUAGACGGGUAUAAAUUCUGCUUAUAUAGAGAAAGCUUAUAAUUUCAAACUAUCGUCCGGUGUACAGUAGUAAAUCACUUGCUCUCUGCUCAAGUCAUGCCAGAUUUCCCUAUUUGAGGCUCUUGUAAAAUACAA